GACCCGCCGGUCAAUCAUCCCUGCAGGUGCUGGCCCCUGACGUGCGGCUGAGGUGGAAGAGCGGCCACGAGAGCCUCUUCCACGGCCGCUGGCUCCACGACCGCGCCUUCUCCGAGUCGUCCCGCCGGACGCAGAGGGCCUUCGCCGCUCUGGACAAGGAGCUGUGGGGACCAGGCUUUACCGUGGAUGCCUUUGAUUUUGAGGAGCUGAUGGAGGAUGAAGCGACACUCUUUAAGUGGCUGGUCAGCUUGGAGAAGAAGGGCAUCACCUUGAUCAAGAACACCCCCCAGGAGCCCAAAGCUUGCUUCAGUAUCGUCAAUAAAGUUGGCUUCGUGAAGCCCACGCACUAUGGGAUGCACUACCCCAUCAGGAACAAGGUCGGGGCAAACAGCUUGGCCUACACAGACUCCAGAUUGGGCAUGCACAAUGACCUCCCUUACUACCAUCAUGUUCCAGGGAUCAUCUUCCUGCACUGCCUGACCCAGUUCGCGGGCGCGGGCGGCGAGAACGACCUGGCCGACGGCUUCUACGUGGCGGAGCACCUCAAGCAGCACCACCCGCGCGAGCACCGCCUCCUCACCCACACGCCCGUCUACUUCUGGAACAAAGGCUCGGCGCUCGUGGCCCAGGAAACCACCCAGUUCCACAAGCUGCUCAACAUCCCGCUCAUUGUCGAAGACCCGUCCGGCCGGGUGGUGCGCGUCAACAACUCCCAGCUGAGGGACUCCCACCUGGACUUACCCCCUGAGACGGUCACCCCGUGGUACCGCGCCCUCCGCCUCUACAACGAAGUCAUGGAACGGCUCUCUAUCAGGCUGAAGCUCAACGAUGGUGAGACGCUGGUCAUGGACAACACUCGGCUGCUGCACGGGCGCACGGCCUACGAGGGGGGGAAGGGGGAGCGCUACAUGGACCAGACCUACCUCGACUGGGACGAGGCCCUCUCCACGCGAAGGGUCCUGCAGGAGAGACUCCAGGCCCGCGCGGAGUAACGCCUGGGACACCUGAGGGACGGCAGUGGAGGGCGCUCCUGGAGGGACGAGUGUGCUGAUUCAGUGAAGAUGUUAUAGGUGCAGUAGAGGCAACAAAUACAUGUUUGUUAGGUA